CACUCAGUUCUCACUGUGCGGCAGACUCGAAACUGAGAAUUGCCUGGCAGAGCCACAGGCGUUUUCAAUGGCCCUAUGUACCAUAAUGGUAAUUAUCAAGGCAGAUUAUUGCUUGUAUGAAUGAAAAAAAAAAAUUAAUGGACAUAAUGACAUCAUGCACACAAUAUUAAAUUCACAUAUUCAUUUUCUUAGUAAAACCAUUAUCGAUCAAACAAAGUUGUUCAGAAAAAAUAAAAAGAAAAAAAGAAAAGAAAAUACAAGCAAUGAACAAAAAUCAUACACUUCAAGUCUUUUUUUUUUUUUUUUCCGGUAUUUUUUCUUGUCUCGUGAUGGGGUCCUCGGGGUCUGUAAAGCAAUCCCUUUGCUUUUCUGUUCGAUUUCUUUUCUUCGAUUUUGCUCAAUUCGCGACAAGACAAGGCACCUCAUAAGGCGCCGCGAUAGAUGAUGUUGGUAUUUGAAACCCCAAACGCCAAAGCCAUGAAUAAUAAAUACAGACGUAUCGGAAAGUAGACGGAUUAUG